UCCGCCGGGAGAAGGCGGCGGGUCGCGGCCUGAGCCUCCCGGGGUCCGCGCUGGGCACCGCCGGCACCGGGCCCAGCCGACCGGCGGGCGCCCAGACAUGAGUGACUCCGCGGGAGAGGGCGCUCGCCUCCGGCGCUAUCCCGAGCUCCCGGUUUGGGUGGUGGAGGAUCACCAGGAGGUUCUGCCUUUUAUAUACCGAGCCAUAGGCUCAAAGCAUCUUCCUGCAAGUAAUAUAAGAUUUUUACAUUUUGACUCACAUCCAGACCUUCUUAUUCCUGUGAAUAUGCCAGCAGACACGGUAUUUGAUAAGGAAACACUCUUUGGAGAGUUAAGUAUUGAAAAUUGGAUUAUGCCUGCAGUUUAUGCCGGCCAUUUUUCUCAUGUAAUAUGGUUUCAUCCCACGUGGGCUCAGCAAAUGGCAGAAGGCAAACACCACUUUUUAGUAGGGAAAGACAUUUCUACCACAACAAUCAGGGUUACAAGUACAGAUUAUUACUUCCUAAGUGACGGACUCUAUGUCCCUGAAGACCAGCUAGAGAACCACAGGCCAUUACAGCUGGAUGUGAUUAUGGUGAAACCUGAUAGACUCUGUAACAACCAUGGUGGAAAGGCUGCAGAAUCUUCUGCCAAGAAGCCCAAGCUAGCCCUGGAAGACACAGAGAACACUGCCUCUUCAGACCGCGAUUGUCAGUCAGAAGAGCCAGGAAAGGACACAGCAACACAGAACGGCCAGUCUAGUCAAGAGCCGUCGUGUUCAUGUGUUUGUGAAAGUCAGCAUUGCCAAAGUACAGCGAGCACGGGAGACAUCCUGCAGGUCCUACAGCAAGGAGAUGCUUUUGUUUUAGAUAUUGACUUAGACUUUUUUUCUGUCAAGAAUCCCUUCAAAGAAAUGUUUACUCAGGAGGAGCACAAAAUAUUACAAGAACUUUACCAGUUUCAAAGGCCUGGGAGUAACCCCACUAAGGAUGAUUUAGCAGAUAUUGUUGAUACUCGAAUUCAUCAAUUAGAAGAUUUAGAAGCAGCUUUUGCUGAUUUGUGUGAUGGUGAUGAUGAAGAAACUGUCCGGAGAUGGGCUUCAAACCCUGGAAUGGAAUCACUACUUCCACUUGUACAGAGUUUGAAAAAACGGAUGGAAGUGCCAGACUAUGAGAUGGUUCACCAAGCUGGUCUAACCUGCGAUUACUCAGAACUUCCUCACCACAUCAGCACUGAACAAGAAAUCGAGUGUCUUGUUCAGUCUGUCUAUCACCUACUGAAAAAUCUACCCAAGCCUACCCUUGUGACGAUCGCAAGGUCAAGUCUGGAUGAGUACUGUCCUUCGGAACAAGUUGACAGCAUCCAAGAGAAGGUCCUUGGCGUGCUGCGCUCCCUCUAUGGGACUCUGGACACUCAUCUGGUAUACUUGGCAGAGUCUGCUCCAUCUUGAAAUGGCCAGAACCCUAGCUUCCAUUUUAGUUAUAUAAAGUAACGGGGUGUUCGUUGUUGCAAAUGAGUCUUCCAGAGAACACUUUUUACUAUAACUUUCGGUUGAAAUCUUUCAGCUACUUUGAAUCUCUAAACAGAUAUUAUCAGUGUUUGAAUGAUGGCAGGUUUCUUCAGUGAGGGGGAGGGGGAUUACUACUACCCCAGUUAAUGGAAAUAUUCCUUAUCUAUCAUCCCCUUUCUUUUUGUGAGAGUUAUUUUUCCUCUUCCCCACCUCCUAGGCAAAAUGGACUUAAUGAGAUGUAUUUAUUUAUUUGUUUGUUCAACUCGUGGAUAUUUUAUUAAGAACUACCUAUACUAAGGAACAGAAUACACAAGACCCCGGCCCUCACGGGGAGGCAGAUGAGAAGGAAAUCAUGGGCUGUUAGCAGUAUUGCAAAGGAGGAAAAGACAACCAUAAAUAUGUCUUAGGUUCUUAGAGCCAUCAUAGGAAAGGAAAGUUCUCAAAAGCUAGUGCCAAAAAAACAAAACCUUACCAAUCCAUGAAAAUGAUAGAGGAAGUCUACAUCCCCAGAGCUAUUGGGAUUAUGGUCUGUUAGCACUUAUGGUCCAGCAUGGUGUUUAUUAAACAGGCUCACUGAGCAGACUUGGCCAUACAAGACUUCCCUUCUUUUGUGUUUUCUCUUUUUAACUAAUCAGAGGUCUGUGCCUCUAGGGGUCAUUGUAGACAUCAGUUGUCACACUAGCUCCUGCAUGCCGUUUUGUGGCAGUCCGCGUUGACAGUUUUUUUCAGAUAAAGCGAUUUUUUUAUGAAAAAGUAAGUUAAAAAGUUACACUUCUAAUUCUGGCCUGCCAUACACACCCAACGACAGAACUGUCUUCCACCAGCUCCUUCCUAAUGUAACUGAAAACAGCCAUUGACUUCUUGGUGAGUCUGAACUAAAUAAGCCCAGCUGUGAGCUCAAAGAAGGGAAUGGUUCCCAAAACAACGUCUAUUCCCAAAUUAAAGAAAGUUAGGGAAUUUCAUUGAGGAGACUCAGACAUAUUUAUCACAUAGAGGUGGGCACAUUUCAGCAUGUGUGCACAUGAGAUCAUGCUUCAUACAUCGCAUGUUUGAAAAUGGUCAAAAGGCUGUCUCUGAGCAUGUCACUGUAGAUCACCUCGAGCAGUGGUUGGGCGAUUCAUUCAGGCUGGUUUGAAGUUGAUCCUUGUGGUUAGGGCUGGAGGAACAACUGUCUGAAAAAAAAAAAAAAAGCCAUUUGAAAGGAUGUAGCAGUGUUCCCUUUCUUACAAACAAAGGUGAUAACCCUGUGAGGUACUGUAUCAGCUCACUAUAAGUCAGACCCUCUUCCUAAGAUAUAUAUAAAAUAAAAUAAAACAGUGUCUCCAGUUGAGAUCUUCCACCUCAGCCUCCUAAUGUUUGGAUUAUACCCAGUGCCACCAUAUCAGGCUUCUGAGCUAGUCCUAAUAUUAGGAAUUAAGUGAAGGUUUCUGCUCUUCACUAUGCCUUUUGUCUAAAAAUCAUCAUUUUAAACUAUCUACUUUAUUUCUUUACUUUUAAAAGAUAAAAUGGCCUAGAAGGAAAAAAAGAACAUACCUAGUGGUCUUCAGCCUUCACAUAGCUCUCAUUUAUUGCAGGUAACUUUCAGGCCUCUUCCACAUGACUACCUGCAGAUUUGCAUGUUGCUAAAAUCAUAGUGUCACCCAACUGAUAUUCUAGGACAAGGUACCAUUGCCACUCAGAUAAUAGAGCUUUCAUUUUUCCAAUGAUUCUAUUUGCCCGUGAAUUUUUGUUGUACAAACUUAUUUCCACAUGGAAUAGUAUAAACACUUAUUGAUGUCAUAAAAAGCCAAACUGCUUUAACUGUCCACUUGGAUACAAAAAAGUGGUUUAUGUUGCUGUAAAAAUCACACUUGCAAAAUUAUACAAUAUUUUUUAAGGUUUGACAUUUUUGUUAGGAUUCUAUAAAUAUGCAUUGCUACUAUGAAUAAAUUCUGUUUGGUGUUAUAUGAAAUUAAAAGAUGUGUUUUGAAGUUUUAAAUCAAACUAGCACUAAUGGUAUGUGUUCUUCUGUAAUUGACUUGUAAAUCAAGUUUUAUUUUACUUAUGCUUCUUAUGAACUCUGAUGUGACUCAUCCUUGUUGGAACUCAGGUUAAAUAAAAGAGCAUAGGAUUCCUUUGCAAGAA